AUGGCAUAUAGAAGGAUCUGUGUGUCUGCAAAAUGCUACCAGGAGGCUGAGCCCUACGUCAACUGUGGGACUCAGUCCUUUUGUUUCCUAGCCAAGGAGUAUGGGGUUGGUUUGAAACAGAAGUAUGAAGAAGGGAAAAAGCGAAGGAAACCUGAUUAUAGUAGUGUUGACCUCUCUGAGGUGGAGUGGGAAGACCGAGAUGAUGUGUUGAGAAACGCCAUGGUGAAUCGGAAGACGGGGAAGUUUUCCAUGGAGGUGAAAAAGACAGUGGACAAAGGGAAACGGGUUUUGGUGAUGACAAAUGACUACUAUUAUACAGACAUCAAGGGUACUCCUUUCAGUUUAGGUGUGGCGCUGUCCAGAGGCCAUGGGAAGUAUUUCUUCCGAGGGAAUGUGACCAUCGAGGAAGGCCUGCAUGACUUAGAGCACCCUGAUGUGUCCUUGGCAGAUGAAUGGUCCUACUGCAACACUGACCUGCACCCUGAGCAUCGCCAUCUGUCUCAAUUAGAAGCUAUUAAGCUCUACCUCAAAGGAAAAGAGCCUUUGCUCCAAUGUGAUAAGGAAUUGAUCCAAGAAGUCCUUUUUGACGCUGUGGUGAGUGCCCCCAUUGAGGCAUAUUGGACCAGCCUGGCCCUCAACAAAUCUGAGAAUUCUGACAAGGGCGUGGAGGUUGCCUUCCUCGGCACUCGCACAGGCCUCUCAAGAGUCAACCUGUUUGUUGGGGCUGAGCAGCUCACCAACCAGGACUUCCUGAAAGCUGGAGACAAGGAGAACAUUUUUAAUGCAGACCAUUUCCCUCUCUGGUACCGACGAGCCGCUGAGCAGAUUCCAGGGAGCUUCGUCUACUCCAUCCCGUUCAGCACAGGAACAGUUAACAAAAGUAACGUGGUGACAGCGAGUACCUCCAUCCAGCUCCUGGAUGAACGGAAAUCUCCUGUGGUGGCAGGAACAGUUAACAAAAGUAACGUGGUGACAGCGAGUACCUCCAUCCAGCUCCUGGAUGAACGGAAAUCUCCUGUGGUGGCAGCUGUAGGCAUUCAGAUGAAACUUGAAUUUUUCCAAAGGAAGUUUUGGACUGCCAGCAGACAGUGUGCCUCACUGGAUGGCAAAUGCUCCAUCAGCUGCGAUGACGAGACUGUGAACUGUUACCUCAUAGACAAUAAUGGAUUUAUUCUAGUGUCUGAAGACUACACACAGACUGGAGACUUUUUUGGUGAGGUCGAGGGAGCUGUGAUGAACAAAUUGUUAACAAUGGGUUCAUUUAAAAGAAUCACCCUUUAUGACUACCAAGCCAUGUGCAGAGCCAACAAGGAAAGCAGCGGCGGCGCCCACGGUCUCCUGGACCCUUAUAAUGCCUUCCUCUCUGCAGUAAGAUGGAUAAUGACAGAACUUGUCUUGUUCCUGGUGGAAUUUAACCUCUGCAGUUGGUGGCACUCGGAUAUGACAGCUAAAGCCCAGAAAUUAAAACAGACCCUGGAGCCUUGUGAUACUGAAUAUCCAGCAUUUGUCUCUGAGCGCACCAUCAAGGAGACCACAGGGAACAUUGCUUGUGAAGACUGCUCCAAUAAACUUUUGAUUGGAGUACAGAAAAGCGUCCAACCCAUAAGUUUGCAGCUUGAUGAAUUUUCACAAAGUGAACAGCCUGUACAACCAGCACUCAAGAAGGGAGAGAGCACUGCAAGCUCCCCAGAAGUCCCUGCCUGUUCCCUUCUAG